AUCAGACGCCUGCGGCCGUGCCACACCGGAGAAGCUGUCCUUUCCCGGGAGCCGCUGGCGACGGGGAGGAAAGAAGAUGACUUCUGCCAAGAAACUGCCUUCAAGUCCGUACACUGAGCAAAACCGAUCUCCUCAUCUGCCUCUCUGCACAAAUCCUGGCAAUCCGGUGUUUUCCUGUAUGCUGGACCCCAAAACGGUCAUGACCAAUGGUUCUUUGACAAAGCCUGAGGUGUUACUGUUUAAAACAACUUCAAGUGAGUAUGGUGCUAUACCACCUAUCUCACAGAUGGUACCCUGUACUUAUCACCCAGUGGAUCAAACCUUUUCAAAACACUUAGUCACUUGUGGAUCGUUUCAAGAUAGUUAUUUAAACACUGCCAUUGACAGAAGUAGGGUAUAUGACUACCCCAAUUUACAGCAUACUCUGUAAAAAUGCAUCAUCAUCUUUUCGUCACAGACUUAGACUACAAACAGCUUUAAGAAAACAAAUCUGACUGUUACUUCAGUCAUUCUGGGAAUAACUGUCAAUAUCUGAUUUAUUUGGCGUUUGCUGGGUUGAAUAAGAUGUAUCAAAAAGGAUGUAGCCCAUUUGAUGAUACACUUCUCUCAAUCAGACCUAAACCCAUAAAAAUAAAACUGUCGAAACUGGUAUCAUAAAUGUGGAACUCUAAUUUUAUAGAAAGAGUUAAGUGCAAAAGACAUUGACCUGAAGGUUUCUUUGUUUUAAUUAAAGUAUUUUCUGGUUUU